CCCGCCUCGAUCGACCAGUUCGCCUGCGCAGCGCUCCGCGCCCAAGCCAUGGAGGACGCGGCGGCCCACGUGCACCACUACGCCCACGCCCCCCACCACCACCACCGGAGCAAGCGCCCGCCUGCCGCGAUCAUGGACGAGGACGCCGACGGCGACGCAGUGCCCAAGGGGCGGUACCGCGGCGUGCGGCGCCGGCCGUGGGGCCGGUUCGCGGCGGAGAUCCGGGACCCCAUGUCCAAGGAGCGGCGGUGGCUCGGCACCUACGACACCGCCGAGCAGGCCGCCUGCGCCUACGACGCCGCCGCGCGCGCCAUGCGCGGCAACAAGGCGCGCACCAACUUCCCCGGCCACGUCGCCGCGGGCUACUGGCCGUGGGGCGCGCCGCCGCCGGCCGCGCCCCCGCGCAACCCCUUCCUCCUGCACAACCUCAUCAUGAGCUCCUCCCCGCACCACGGCCUCCGCCUGCUCCACCACGCGGGCCACGGCCACGUCGUCAGCCCCGCGCCGCCCUCCAGACUCCCGGCGCCGGACGCCGCCGCUGCCAUGCCGGCGCCGUCCCCUGUCGCCCCGCCUCCCGGAGCACUGGACGACGAGGACGUGGACGACUGGGGCGACCUCAUGCGCGGCGAGCCCGCGGACGCGGGUCUGCUGCAGGACGCGCUGCACGGCUUCUACCCUGCCGGCACGCGACCGCGCGCCGGCGCCAGCCGCAACUUUGCCGUUGGCGCCGCCGGCGGCAUAGCGGCCGUGCCGAUAAAGCAGGAGAGGCAGGAGUUCAUCGACGUCGACGAGGAGGGCGAGUACCCGAUGAUGCCGCAGGGCCGGCUCGGGGACGUGAUCGAGUACCCGUCGUUCGUGGAGGUCGUGGCGGCGCCGUCCGCCCCGACGCGCCGCGGGCGCAGGGGCUGAUGGCUCCGGCGCGCCGGCGCGAUGCAUAUCCAUGCGUGGGUGCACGGAUCGCGUGGCUGUGGCCUAGGACGGGGCAUGAAAUGGAGGGUUUGGUGCUUUUGGGGACGAUUGCUUGCUUAUUCCAUGGCGACUGCUACCUAAUCAAUCAUCUACACUCAUCUUGGGUGUUGCUAGCUAGCGAUCUCGUAGUGGACCGAUGCGUAAGUGCGUGCGUGGUGUCUUUGGUUGUGUGAUCU